AUAGUGCUGAUAAAUUUUUCCUAGUAUUUUAAUUACGAAUCCAAAGCUGCUGUAGACGCUGUUACAGGCGCUGUGGUCCUGAUAGAGGACAUCAAGAUGGGUUAACACGAUCAACACCUUUUUUGAUCUGAUGGAAUAUAAGACAAUGGGCAACAAUUACUCGCACUCCAGUUAUUGUGAUUUGCCGAUGAGCUUCAUGUCCACAAGAUAACUUUGAAAAAAAAAACAAACUAUUUACUAUAAAUAAUUCAGCUGCGAAAAACUGUAGCAUCCAAGAUGCUAAAUCCGAGUUAAACAGCAAUAAGAAAAAUGUUACGUUAUAUUUAAAUUAAAGGGCACACAAUGGGGCAAAUGGCAAAUGACCACUUAGCUUCAAUAUUCGAGUGUAAAUAAACAAUCAAUUAUCUUACAUUGCUAGUGUCCUUCGCGGUGAGAAAUUCACACACUAAAUAAUGAAAGACACGAAACAUAUAUUUACACCAACGUUUGUUGUAAACUUGCCACAUGGAACAUAGCGCAAGAAAUUACUAUAAAAACGCCAACAGCACGUACAGUGACGAAUUAUUUUCAACUGUUUGUUUGCUAAGGUGCGACAUGUCUCAACCGAACGAAUUCCCUGCCUACCAAUUCCGGUAUGUGCGUUAUUGUGGCGUAGCGGAACAGCCAACCUGGUGGUACCGUUGCCGGCUUUGGUAUGCAUUCAUUUUGCUCAGCUCGUUCUGUCCGCUCCAUGUGUUUUAUCUUGUGAAAACUCCUUUAUCCGAUCUGAUCGUUACCUGUGAAGAGAUCAUGCUGCUACAGUUAAAUGCUACGGUUGUGCUAAAGUUUAUCCUGUUCGUAAGUCAUCAUGAGGAAAUGUACAAUCUGGUGCAUUCCUUCAAAAGUGUUCAAAAAUGCAUUACGGUUGAUGAGUUACCGCGGUUUGUGAAGUGUAAUGAGAUCCAUGCCAAACUCGUACGAGUUUACGUGAUCGGCACAACGAUCAUUGUUGCAUUGUACGAACUGAACGCAAUAGCUACCAGUGUAUCAUUAUCUUUGCAGCAACAGCAUGUCCAUUUCGUGACACCGUUCAGUUUCCCGUUUAAUUAUCAGCAUCCGGUUGUGUAUGCUUUGUGCUUUUUACAUAAUUUGGACUCGAUGUUGUUAACUGUAUUCAUUAGCGUAACGAUCGACGUAUGCUACUCGGAGAUGGCCACCAACUUAGCUAUCCACUUUGAUAUCGUUCGGGAACGGUUCGAGCGGCUCGACAUUUCCGCCGAUCAACCGUUCGCCGAUCGUGAGCUAAAGCAGGUAAUUUCGUAUCACAGUGAUGUGUUAUCGUUGGCGCAAAAGAUGACACAUCUCUUUCAAGCGUCCGUGUUUUACUUGCUGCUUCUGGUAUCGACCAUAUUGUGUUUGCUGGGGUACGAGUUUGUCAUGGUGAACAAUAUUUACAAGCGUGCACAGGUGGUAUUUUUGGCCAGUAUCAUUAUUGGUCAGGCUGUCAUCUAUACCUAUCACGGAUCGGCGAUUCGCGAUCAUAGCGUUAAUGUAUCUGAUUCGGUUUAUGCAACUAACUGGUACGAAGCAACAACGGCCAUAAAGAAGCAAAUACAUAUCAGCUUGAUGCGUGCCCAGACACCAGUCAUAAUCAAGAGUGGCUUCAUAGAAGCCUCAUUGCCAACGCUCAAAAAGAUCCUUAGCUCCAGUGCAUCAUACAUAACUAUGCUGAUGUCGUUGGAACCGGAUGUUUGAAGUACUUUAACUGGAAUAGCGAAGAAGUUUCUAUUUAAUAUUUUUCUCUAUAGCACAUACACUGUAAUUAAUCAUCAGCAUAAGUGGUGCUGAUAAUACGACAAAAACAGUAAAAACAAUGCAAAUAAAUAUACACUGAACACUGUAAUCAAGGGUAGCAUUUGAAUAAAAAUAAAUCUCUAUAGAUACACUGCAGCAGAUUCUCCACAAAUACAGAUAACUUUUGAUUUUUGUGCAUUAUAUUCAUUUAAUGGAGGAAUGUGAUACCCGUUGGACGA